UCUUGAUCUCUCCCCCACCUUCUUACCCUCCUCCUCUUUCACCCCAAUACUUUCUUCCUCUUUUCUUGUUCUUUUCCUUCUCCCUUCGUCCCCCUCUGUUCUGUACUAUUGCCAUUCACCAACCACAACCAACCACAAUGGCUGCCGCUAAAGGAUACCCUUUCCUUUGCCUGGAGAACCCUCUUCUCGAUAUUCAGGCAGUUGGUGAUGCCGCUCUCCUCCAGAAGUAUGGUCUGAAGGAUAAUGAUGCUAUCCUCGCGGAGGAGAAACACAUGGGACUCUAUGAGGAGCUGCUGCAGAACCAUGAUGCUAAGCUCAUUGCCGGAGGUGCCGCACAGAACACUGCUCGUGGCGCUCAGUACAUUCUCCCCGACAACUCCGUUCUCUACAUUGGAUGUGUCGGCCGUGACAAGUAUGCCGAUAUCCUCAAGGAAACCUGCACCAAGGCUGGUGUGCACACUGAGUACCGUGUGGAUGAUGUCCAACCCACCGGCAAGUGCGGUGUGAUCAUCACUGGACACAACCGUAGCAUGUGUACCCACCUUGCUGCUGCUAACGAGUACAAGAUUGAGCACCUCAAGCAGCCUCACAUCUGGUCUCUGGUUGAGAAGGCUCAGGUGUACUACAUUGGCGGUUACCACCUUACUGUGUGUGUUCCUGCUAUCCAGGCCCUUGGUGAGGAGGCUGCUGCGAAGAACAAGAUCUUCAUGCUCUCUCUUUCUGCGCCAUUCAUUCCCGAAUUCUUCAAGGACCAGCUCGACAGCGUGCUGCCAUACACUGAUUACACCUUCUGCAACGAGACUGAGGCCCGUGCUUACUCCAAGAGCCACGAAUGGGGCACAGAGGAUGUCGUUGAGAUCGCCAAGAAAUUGGCUAAGCUACCCAAGAAGAACACUAACCGCCCGAGAGUCGCCAUUGUGACCCAGGGUACACUCCCUACCGUGGCUGCUACCGUUAAGCCCAACGGCGAAGCUGAGGUUAAAGAGUUCAGCGUUGUUGAGAUCCCUAAGGACAGCAUCAAUGACACCAACGGUGCUGGCGAUGCCUUCGCUGGUGGCUUCUCCGCUGGUAUUGUGCAAGGCAAGUCCCUUGAAGAGAGCAUGGAAUUGGGCCAGUGGCUCGCCAGCCUUAGCAUCCAAGAGUUGGGACCUUCUUUCCCGUUCCCCAAGAAAACCUUCACUUCCUCCAACCGUUCGUAAAAUAUAACCCUUUGAUCUAUAUCUCACGGAGCCCUCUAAAGGUCGCAUGCUGUGGCAAAACAACGAAUUGUCUUUUAGGAUUCAACCUUCUAAUACCCACUUGUCCUUGACUUAACAUCUUAGACUUCUUUCCAUCACCAUCUUUUACGAGAAUUGCGCUCCCAUCACCUUGCGCUGUCACGUGAUAGAUAGGAGUUGCAGAAUGACGUUCUCAACAACGAUUUUAAUGAUCCACACCUUCGGUUUGUUAUGCAUAUAAAUCUAUUCCUACAUGUACAUCUCAACGAUCUAUACUUAGGCCCUGACCAGGGUAUCUGUGUUAGAAUUUCUCCUAUUGGGAUAUCAUCUUGAAAACGGAGUAUUCUCAUUGAUCUAA